AUGCCGAAUUUCAACGAUGGAAAGGACAUCUUUACUGUUCAGAAAUCCGUCCUUUACAACGAUGAUCAGUUCCGCGGCGGGUGUUGGAUCAAUAACGAUAGGACAGUACAUCUCAGAGCGAACCCCGAAGACUUCAAGACCUACAUGACAUGGCUGUACACCCGCCGGCUGCCGGAGCAUAUUGCGGACCCAAAGCUGGAUACCGAGUCGAACCUGGACUGGCUGCCGACUUCAUAUGGUCUCGCGCGUAAAGUUGGUGAUCCACGUUACCAAGACCUUCUGAUCAGUCGAAUGAUCGA